AUGGCGAAGAAGAAGAAGAGGGCAAAUCCCGAAGUCGAGGAGCUCCUCGCGCGACCAUGGUGCUAUUAUUGUGAACGCGACUUUGACGAUUUGAAAAUUUUAAUCGCUCAUCAAAAGGCUAAACACUAUAAAUGCGAAAAAUGUGGCAGAAGAUUGAAUACUGCUGGUGGCUUGCGGGUUCAUAUGGAGCAAGUCCACAAAGAACAACUUGAGGCUGUUGACAAUGCGAUUCCUGGGCGCGAAUCUAUCGAUCUUGAGAUUUUUGGCACCGAGGGGAUCCCCGAGUCAGAAGUCGCAGCCCACAACCAGCGGAUUUUGUCGGCUUUUGCCCAGCGAGAAGCUGAUCGCCGCGCUGGUUCAGGACAACCUGGUGCUGGAUCUAAACGGCCCAAAAUCGACAUAUCAAAGGAUCUUGACCCUGAUGAAAUCAAAAAGAAGCUCGAAGCUCACAAAAAGGCGAUGGCGGCAGCAGCACAAGGUACAAGUGGUAACGGCGCGGUCCCUGGGCCCCAAAGCCCUGGUAGAAGCGCGAGUCCAGGCCAGGGAGCUUACGAGGUCCAAGGAUCACCUCCUCAGGGAGCUUAUCCUCAGGCACCUGGACCAUAUCCCGCCCCAACUUAUCCGCCACAAAACCAAGGACCUUUCCCUCCAGCUGCAUACGGCCAACCGCCCUUCCCACAGCAGCCGAUGCAAUUUGGUCGUGGAGGUGGGCCACCAGCGUCCUUUAAUGGCUUUCAGCCGCAGCAGCCGCAGCAUCCAUCUUUCACGCACAAUCCGGGUGGCUUCAAUCCGCCUCAGCAUAAUCAAUUUCAGCAAGGACCUCCACCUCAUGUACAGCACCCACAACACCCACAACGCCAUCAAGUUCCUCCAGUUCCACCUCUCCCACAGGCUCACCAAAUACCGGGAUUACCCCCUAGGCCUAAUGCCCCAGGACUGCCUCCUCGUCCUAACUUUAAUAACCCUGGUAUGGGUGGCAUGAAUAAUGGCGGGUUCGGCCGAGGUGGUCCUAGUGGCAGUGGUAGUGGAGGAGGAGGAGGUUGGAACCAACCUCCUGCACAUCAGCAACAGCAGGGUGGGUUUGGCGGCCCAGGCGCGUAUGUUCCUCCUCCACAGGGACCUUCACAGCAGUUUGGUCAGCCGCAGCAACCGCAGCCGUUCUCCCCCCAUCAGCCGCAUUCUCAACAACAAUUCGGUGGCUUCAGUGCUACAAUGCAGCACCAUCCACACCAGCCGCAUGCGCAGAAUAAUGGAUCGGCAAUGGGCCACCAGGGAAGAAAUGACAGCUCUGCAUCUUUGACAGCAACAGGUGUAGAGGGCGUUAAAAUGGAAAUUCCAGAUACAAGUACUUCAAACGUUAUUGUGCCACCAACAGAGAAGAAGAAAGAUGAGAAGCCUAAAAGAGAGACGAAAAUGGUUUACGGUGAUAAUGAAAUUAGUCCGGAAGAAAAGAGAGCUUUGCUACCGAGGUAUGAGUACCAUCCUCCCAAAUCGUCGGUUGAGGUUGCGACUACAGCAUAA